CUAACCAUCGGAUCAAAAUCCAUGAAUGCCUCGAUCUCUCUUCCCUGAACCAAAUCAUCAACAACUGCUACAAUUACCACUGUCCACUGUUACUACUCUACUUUCCGGCGCCGGCGAGCGGAACGAACACCGUCUACAGCCUCAACCAAAACCCAAUAACACUUCUCUACUACGUCGCAUCUGAUAUUUGUCUUCCUUUAUUUGUUUUCGAAGUCUGUUCCUGCUAAACCCUCUCAAUUUCCCCAUAUUCUCGCUUCUAUGGUGGUUCGAGUCUGUUUUUGCCCCAUCCUGAAUUCGACCCGGCAGGACUUAGCAAUAUCAUGGUCGUCCUCUUCUACCUCUCGCUAACAAUGGCAUAGGCCUUCAAAAUUUCCGGUUCCCCCCCCCCCCCCCCCCCCAACCUUUUUUUUUUUUUUCUGAAUUUUGCUUUGUUGAUUUUGGUUGCCUACUACUAUUUAGUUCCUGUGUAUGAACUGAGUGAGCCAGCAACUUGAGUUGCUUCACUGUUUCAAAGGCAAUUCAGCUUUAAUGUAUGUAUAUAAUGCUGUCAAUUUGUUGUGCAAAAGGAAUUUCUUUAUGGGUGCAAGUGAAUUUUACAAGUUAGCAAGGAGGAAUAAAUCAAUAUUGAGCAGCAAAUCUUACUAUUGGACCAUAAGAGGGCUUUUCAAUGAUGGGAAAUUCCAGGAAAGUCAGCCCUUUUUGUGUAGCUUUGUAAAAGAAUAUGGCCUUUUUGAACCUAAGGUCAGUAAGAUACUACUGCAUUACCUGUGUUUGAAGGAUGUUGAUAGUGCCCUUUAUUUUCUCAACAAGAUUAAGGAGAACAAUAUAACCAUCACUCUUCCAAUCAGUGCUUUAAGAGCACUUGCAAAAUUUGGUAGUGUUUUGGAUACAUAUAAACUUGUUGUGGGAGCUAAAGAUGAUCUACCCGUUAUGGAUUUGGUUGAUUAUUCUAUCAUGGUUGAUGGACUUUGCAAGAUUGGGCAUCCUAUUAAGGCGUUAAAGAUCUGUGCUUUUGCUGAAAUGAAGGGGAUUGUUCUUAAUAUAAUCACUUAUAAUUCAAUUAUAAAUGGGUUGUGCAACCAGGGAUGUUUUGUUGAAGCAUUUCGGCUAUUUGACUCAUUAGAAAGAAUUGACUUGGUUCCCUCAGAAAUCACUUACUCGACACUGAUUGACAAUUUAUGUAAGGAAGGAUACUUGCUGGAUGCCAAGCAAUUAUUUGAGAGAAUGACCCUUAAAGGCUAUAAAGUGAAUAUACGAAUCUAUAAUUCAUUUCUUAACGGUUAUUGCAAUUUUGGUCAGUUUGAAGAGGCCUUGGAGAUUCUGAAAAAUAUUGAAAUAGAACACCUGGAUCCUGAUGAAUUUACUGUUAGCUCAAUGAUUAAUGGUUAUUGUCAGAAGGGUGACUUGGAGGGGGCUCUAAACUUCUUUUUCAAGUGUAAGCAGAACAGUAUUUAUCCUGAUUUCUUGGGUUUCUUGCACUUGAUGAGGGGUCUGUGUGCCAAGGGGAGGAUGGAAGAGGCCAGGAGCAUCUUAAGAGAAAUGCUUCAAUCACAAUCUGUGAUGGAGAUGUUGAACAGAGUCAACACUGCGGUUGAAACAGAGUCUAUACAAAGUUUUCUUGUUUUCUUAUGUGAGCAAGGAAGUAUCAAAGAAGCAGUUACUGUACUUAAUGAAGUUGGAUCCAUGUUUUUUCCAGUUCAGAAGUUUGGUCCUUGUGAAUCACAAGAACUGGAAAAACUUUCUGAAUCGGAAGCUUUUGAUGUAUUUGCUUCAAGAACUGUAUCACAUGAGAGAACUGAUUUGGGAUUUACAGCUUGUGAUGUAAUGAAAGGCGGAAAAAAGAUUGAGAAAUAUGAUGACUUGGGGAAAUCUGAAAUAGAAUUCUUUGACUCUUACUAUUCCUUAAUUGCUUCACUCUGCUCAAGAGGGGAGCUGUGCAAGGCCAAUAGACUAGCAAUGGAGAUACUUUCUGCUGGCUAGUACUGAAUUCGAGCAUCCUUUACCUUUUAUGUGGGACAUGAACCCAUGUUUUUGCCA